CCCUACGUUGGGCGUCGUCCAUCGCUAGGCAAAGAAGGAAUAUAUAGAAGGGCCGAUCUCCAUCAACCCAAUUCUCUUCACCACAACAGCCGAACUAAAUCCAUCCACUCAAGCGAGAUCCGUUCCCAAUCAUCAGGACGCAUUUUCUAUCUUAAACUUUCAAAUUCGUCUUUUAUUAUCUGAAGGCCAUGUCUCAGCCCACGUACCGCAAAUUCGGCAACCUUUCAGCCAAUGGUGCAAAUGCCUUUGGAAGCCAGGCAUCAUCGAAGGGUGUUUUCAACUCCAGGAGCGCGGUGCAAUCCAACACUGAAAGUGGAGAUGGAGGCAAGAUUUCAAUCAGCAGAGCGUACACCACCGCCGAAACCGGUGAUAUUUCAGUCAAUGGAGGUGAGGCGCGUCAAUACGACCACGGUGCACACACCAGCGGCCUUUUCCAUGGCCAGAGAUGGGGCAACGUGAAAAGUGGCAAAGGCGGCACGAUCGACCUUUGAAUGUAACUGGAUAUUAGCUUUCUGAUGAUCAUUUGAAUCAGAGGGGGAAUGAGGGCUGAGUAAUUGACAAGUGUGGAAGCUUCAGC